AUGUUCGCGCCAAACGUCUCCCGAGCGGCCUUCAUGUUUCAAUUGGUUCAGUGGCUGCCAUCGAUGUCAGUCGAGUGUCCGAACCCGCCGUCAUCAUGGGCACUGGCAUUCGAUGGACCCAUCUCGUUCGCAGUCAUCUUUGGAGGAAUCCUGGGUAACCUCUACUCACUCAAACAACUUUUCUCGCGUUCCAUCAACACAUCGAUGCUCGUCUCGUUGACGGGGCUCGCAAUCUGGGAUAUUGUGAGUUUAAUGAUUUUCCCACAUCAUUUUCCUCCUUGUUUUCAGGUCCUUUUGAUCGGUGCCCUAUGGCAUCAUUCGUUGUGGGCGACAAUGCACUACUUCUCACUCCGGGACGAGCCCUGGGAUGCUCAAAUGGUCGCUUCGAAUGGGCUCGUGGAAUGUGGGCACGUUACAUCGGUAGCACCUCCGCCCACGCAAAUUUCUUCUAAACGUUUAGUUUCCAGACAUGGAUGCUCAUCGAAGUGACCGCGGAAAGGUUCUUUGCAGUUACCAGGCCGUUUCAUUUUGCACAGGCACACAGAAAACAACGGAGGAAAAGCUAUGCGCGGGUUGUAGGAGGUGACUAAUCGGAAGCGGAGAAUCGUAUAUCUGAGAAGUUGACAGGGUUGAUACGCAUUCCGCUAAUGAUGACCGUCGUUGCUUGUCUCAUUUGUCUGCCGUGCAAUGCAGAAUUUGAGUUGGCUCCUUGUUUGUAUAAAGGCAAAGAGUCGUAUCAGGUUAUUACGGCGGAAAAUAGAAUUAAAGUUAAAAAUAGAAAGAUUUCAGAUGCUGGAGACUUCUCUGAUGCGAAACAUUUUCUACAAAGUGCUCUACCGCGGAAUCUUCCUUUCCAUCGUCAAGACGUUCGGGCCGUUCUUGGUCAUCACUUGUCUCACAAUAUCCACUCUGAAAAGUAUGAGAAAAAGCAUGAACAGUCGUGCGUCGAUACUCAUUGCUCAAGGACAAAACCAUCUUUUCCAAGCAGAUAAGGACAAGACGAAGAGUUUGCAGGUUUGAAAACGGUUGAGAGUUGAAUGAGUCAAAAUUCAUCUUUCAGUACAUCUCCAUUAUGCUUUUAGGAAAGUUUUUGUUUUUGCGUUGUUUCCCUACGGCUUGGGCGACAAUCCAGGUAAGAGUUAUUGAGCAUGAACUUCAUAAUAUUUUAUUCCAGAUGUUUUAUGGCUCCGAUUCGUCCCACUUUUUGCCAGUAUAUUUGUCUCAAUUCUGCCUUCUUUUGAAUUCUGCCACUAACUCAUUCGUCUUUGUCGUGGUCAAAUCGGCUUUCGAAACUAGGAGGUACGACUAGAAGGCAUUUUCUUAAAUAAAAACUCAAACUUUUGGGGUUUAGGCUGAAGAGAAUCCGCCAACGGCACCGCGAACUUGUUGCUCAGCACGCCGAACAAGUGCUCAGCAUCGGAAAAGCUCUGGCUGGAGACAAACUUCUGCUGAUUCCGGAUCCAGAGUUCGAGAAUCAGUCAUCAGAGGAGGAGGCGUUCGAGAUGCAGCCAAUGAUGCCCUCUUCCACUUCCAACCCCGUCUAG